AUGUUGCCCGCUUGGGUUGAUGGGACCACUCCUGAGAACAGGGAUUUGAGGUGCCCGUCGAUCCGAGUUAAUACUGUCACGUCGACUUUUUAUGCCUGUGGUCUUCAUUACCUAGAUAGUUAUACUAGAGAUUGCAUCGCCGCGUGCUGUGUUCUCUCGGACAUGUCAACCUUUCGACUGCCCAGCAUGAUAUACACGACGGCCCUAUACAACAGGGUGUUUUCUACGUCUGCAAGGGUGCAUCCGAGCAUCCUCCCUCACCUGCGGCAGUCUCGCCGCCCCCCCUUUCGAUGGCUCAAAGCUGCUCUCGUUUUGUGCGGUGCAGGGUACAUUGCCAACGUUUACAUAGGCCGCGUACGGGAACGUCGGAUUGCGGAUAUUGUUGCAGCUGAAACAAAAGCUGCAGAACUGCAACGUCGAAAUAAUGCCCUUCUCGAUGUAUACGGGGAUAGAUCUAGUCUCGAAGAAUUGGAGAAGGCUGUCCAAUUUUACGAAAAGAAGUAA